UUACGUAUAAAUCAGUUCUUAUCAGAACUAAACAACUUAUUAUAUUGUUUAUCAUCCGUUUUUUCCAAUUUUCCAUUGGAUAUGGAUGAUGCUGUGCCGACCACGAGUAAGGCAGGCGCGGGAAUUACAUCGCCGUCGCCCCCAAGGAAACGAAAACAACUCAGUUUGGGGCAUUUGUCUCUGGCAGAAAAGCAAGCAAUAUUGAAUUUGUACAAGAAAAGCCUAGAUGAUGAACCUACUCUUAAAACUGUCCAACUUGUAUCCAAAAUAGCGAUGACAUUAGGUGUUGCAAAAUCAACAGUAUAUCGAGCCAUAAAACAGUAUAAAUCUACUGGAAGGGUGUCUACUUCCAAACACUGUGGUGGAAGACCUGGGAUUGUUACAUGUUUGGAUGAAGCAAUGAAGAAUUCCAUAAGGCGUAUAGUACACAGCUUUUUCUUUAAAAAUGAGAUCCCCACUUUGGACAAAAUAUUAACCGAAAUAAAAAGUCGUCAGGAUUUGCCACAGAUGUCCCGUUCAUCAUUAUACAAAUUUAUGAAACAAAUUAAUUUCAAAUACUUAAAACGAAGUCGUAAAAGUGUGUUGAUAGAACGUGAUGAUAUAGUGAGAUGGAGACUUGACUACUUGAUAUCAAUUAAAAAGUUUAGAUCUGAAGGUAGACCUAUUUAUUAUUUAGAUGAAACAUGGUUAAAUGAAGGUCAUACAAAAGAAAGGGUAUGGGUUGAUACUAAUAUUAAAAAUAAACGUGAGGCAUUCAAUGAAGGGCUGUCUAUGGGAUUAAAAAACCGUCCGGUAAAGGAAAGCGUCUUAUCAUCUUACACGCUGGCUCAGAGGAAGGAUUUGUUGAAGAUUCGUUAUUGGUUUUCGAAGGCAAGAAGAGUGGGGAUUAUCACGAGUAAAUGA